AUGUCUAUCUUUGUUGGACGUUUACCAUCAUACAAUUUUGAUGAUAGAGAUUUGGAAGAUAUAUUUUACAAGUAUGGUAGGAUUAUUAACUGUCAAAUAAAGAGAGGAACACGAUAUUCCUUUGGAUUUGUUGAAUUUGAAGAUCCUGAAGAUGCUUAUGAUGCUAUUAGAGACACGGAUGGUCUUGAUAUUGAUGGCACUCGUAUUGUAGUUGAGAAAGCAAAGGGAACUCCUCGUAGAUAUAAUGAUACUACUUGCUAUAAUUGCGGUGAAGAAGGUCAUUGGGCUCGUGAUUGUAAAAGACCAAGACGCGAUUAUAGAAGAGAUAGAUAUCGAUCACGUAGUCGCACUCCUGAUAGAUAUAGUUCACGUCAUUAUUCUAGAAGAGGACGUAGUUAUUCACGUUCUAGAUCUCCUUAUGAUGAUCGUCGUGGACGUAGUUAUAGUCGCUCUCCUAGAAGAUAUAGUCGUUCACCUCCUCCAAGAGACUAUAGUCGUUCUCCUAGAAGAUAUAGUCGUUCACCCCCUCCCAGAGGUUAUAGUCGCUCCCCUCCCCCAAGAGGAUAUAGUCGCUCACGUUCACCUCUUCCAAGAGACAAUAGUCGUUCUCCUAGAAGACAUAGUCGCUCCCCAUCUCCACGCGGAGAUAUUCCAGCUGAAUCACAAGUAGUCGAGCAACCUAAUAAUAAUAAUAAUCCAUCAGAAGAACAGCCAGCCAUUCAAACAGACCAACAACAACAACCCGAACAAUUAUCAAAUGUAGUAGAAAAUAACAAUCAGGAAUAA